GGGGUUAUCGGUAACAGUCUUGUUUUGACAAAAAUUAAACAUUUUUAAUAUUUGGCAGAAAUGAGCAAUAUUUACAUCCAAGAGCCGCCCACAACGGGAAAGGUACUCUUGAAAACCACCGUGGGUGACAUCGACAUCGAGUUGUGGGCUCGCGAGUGUCCAAAGGCUUGCCGAAACUUCAUCCAACUUUGUUUAGAGGGAUACUACAAGAACACCGAGUUCCACCGCCUGGUUAAGGGAUUUAUUGUCCAGGGAGGCGAUCCAAAUGGAGAUGGUACCGGUGGCGAGUCCAUCUACGGGCAGCCCUUUAAGGAUGAGUUUCACUCCCGACUUCGGUACACACGUCGUGGUCUCGUGGGUAUGGCCAAUUCCGGGAAGGAUGACAAUGCCUCCCAGUUUUUUUUCACAUUUGCACCCACGCCGGAGUUGCAGAAUAAGAAUACACUAUUCGGAAAGAUCACUGGUGACACCAUCUACAAUAUGCUCAAGCUGGAAGAGGGCAUCGUUGACCACCAGGAACGACCCAUGCACGCACAUCGCAUUGUUUCCACGGAGGUCCUCUCAAAUCCCUUCGAUGACAUUGUACCUCGCGUUUUAGCUAAGCCGUCUACUAAAAGCAAAAAGAGCAAAAAGGAACGACAAGGAGUGAAAAACUUCGGCCUGCUUUCAUUUGGUGAAGAAGCCGAGGGUGAUGAGGAGGAGACCAACGUUUAUGUAAAAAAGAACGCCGGUAAAGCCAAAUCCCUGCACGACGUAACAGAUGAUCCAAAACUGAGCAAAGAACCUAUACGCGUACCUAAAGCCCCAAAAGGUGAAAAGAUCGAAAUCGAGGAGCCCUUGUCGGACGAUUGCCUUGAAGAUAUUGACACCGAUAAACCAACCCCUGCCAGUUCGGAUGUAAUCAAAAUGAAACUUUCUAAGCAUACAAAAAAUCGUCCGGAAAAAAAAACGAAGCCUAUUCAAGAAAAGACUGAUUCUGAGGACGAAGAGGAUGUUCUGAUGACACGCGAGCAGGAACAAAGUCGGAAAGUCUUAGAAGAAAAAUCCAAGAUCAGAGAAGAAAUCGCCUCCCUUAAAAAGCAAUAUCAAAUGGAUAAGCAAAGCAAAGAUAAACUAGUUCUCGGUCAGGAAAAACCAACAAAAUCGACCGAAAUAAAGGGGUCCAGCGAAAACCAUUACAUUAACGAUUUUAUAGAGUCUAAGGAGAAGUAUACGGCCAAAACUAAACUUCAACCUAAAGGGCAGUCAAGGGAGGCUUUUACGCUGAGCUUACUCUCCAAAUUUCGCACAAAAUUGGACAAUCUGAAGCAAAAGUCAAACUCGGAUGAUUGUGAGCCCGAAGUCAAGGAUGUGGAUGAUCGUUCGGUUGAACAAGAAAUUAUCGGCGACGACUGGCUGUCGCACACCUUAAACUUCAACAGUACGGCUCCAGUUUUGGCAAAAGAUGCCAACAAAAAGGGUGACGAUUGGUACGACGCUUACGAUCCCCGAAAUCCUUUAAAUAAACGGAAACGGGGAGAAACUGAUUCUAGCAAAUCUAGCAAAUCAAAAACAAGUAAACGUAAUUUUUGAGCAAAUAUACUAAAUAAAAAUAUUUUUAACAAAAUAAAAAAAAAUACCUAA